GUCCAAAAUAACAAUAAUGAAUGAAGUAAGAAUAUAGAGAAGAUUAUCACACAUCAUAAUAAUGCACCCGCAAUGUCUAAAAAUUCAAUUCAUACUUCCACGCUUCAUCAUUAUCUUCCAUUUCCAUCUCCCUUAUACACUUUCCCAAAUCGCAAUCCUCAAUUAUACACUUUCCUCUUUACUGGUCCCACGUCCCCCGCCUUCUUCUCCUUUACCCUCUCCUCCUUCUUUACUCUGUUAAUUCAGCUCAGGAAAAAAAAAAAAAAAAAACAACUAGGAAACUACCUGAGAAUUCCUCUCCAGUAAAGGGAAACUUCAAAAAAAGAUGGAAAAUUAUCCAUACAAUAAUCCAUCCUAUCCAGAUUCUGUAAAUUCUUCACCCAGGUCUCGUGAUAUUGAUCCUGAAAAUGCUUCCUGGGAUGAGCCCUUGUCUUCUUCUUCCAACAAUUACAAGGUCAAAUUCAUGUGCAGUUACGGCGGAAAGAUUCGCCCCCGUCCCCAUGACAAUCAGCUCACUUACAUGGGCGGUGACACCAAGAUUGUCUCCGUUGAUCGCAACAUCAAGUUUUCCACUUUCAUUUCUAAGCUUUCUUCCCUCUCCGAUUCCGCGGAAGUUUGUUUUAAGUAUCAAUUGCCCGGUGAGGAUUUGGAUGCUUUGAUUUCCGUUACGAACGACGAAGAUUUGGAGCAUAUGAUGCUCGAAUACGACCGGCUCCACCGGUCAAUUUCCAAGCCGGCGAGGCUCCGGCUGUUCAUUUUUCCGGCCAACGGGAAUCCGCCGUCGGUGAGUAGCUUCGGGUCGGAUGAUUCCAAGCCCGAGACGCAGUGGUUUCUGGAUGCGUUGAACGCUGCCCAAGUUAAUCAGAAUCCCAAGGACAAUUCCACUCCGCAAUCCACGGCGGCUGUUGGGGCCGCCGUGGAGCCCACCCGGGUUCCGGAUUAUUUGUUCGGGCUGGAGAAAGGCGGUCACCGUGCCCCGCCGUCGAAGCUGCGGGACCCAUCGCCGGAAGUCACUCCUCCGGCAGUCGUGGUCGGAGAGCCUGUGGUCACGCCGGCGGAUAUUCAACGGCAGAUGCAUGAAUUGCAGAGGCUGCAGAUUUCCAGCCAGGAGCACGAGAUGUACGGGCGGAAAGUAGAUGAGUAUUAUCAGCCAAAACCUCCGCCGCAGCCAGCUCAGCCGCUGCAGCAAGUUACGCCGGACGCUACGGCGGCGUACUGGCCGGAACGACAAGGGCAACAGCAUUUCCCACCUGGAAUUGGCGUCGGAGCGACCGAGGGGCCUCCGAUGUACCUGAUCCAAACUCCGGCUGGGGUUUAUCAAGCUCCGGUGAACGUGAUGCGACCUCCGAUGACCGGCCAAGUAAAUCAGCCGUACUACGGCGUGCCAAGGAUGGUGCCGGAGCAGGGUUACCGGGAACAGCCGCCGGCCGUUUACAAUCCGAUGGGCCCACCGGUAUCGUCCUCGAUAAUUCAGCAUCAGCAGCAGCCGCAACCGAAGCCCGGUGGUGGGGCCGCCUACAAUAAUGCCGAGGGAAUUGGGCUCGUACGGCCUUCUGUUGGGCUCGGUCCUCCUCCUCCGCCUCUUGAGCCGGGAUAUGCGCAAGUUAGUUUCGACAAUGCAGGAAGGCAAGUCUACUACGCUGCGCCAGGCGGCGUGAAUGUAAUGCAGCAGCCUCCUCCUCCUCCGCCGCCGUAUCAGGCGAUGCCGCCGGUGACUGCACAGGUAAUCGACGGUAGACAGGCUGGCACCUUAAAUCCGGAUGGGAAAAUUCUUGUCAAGAAUUCGCAUUAAGUGUGGUACAUUUUGUUGUAAAAUUAAUGGAUUAAUUAUAUUUAGUGUAUGAUGAUUUGUUCGGUGCAUGUUUUGAUUAUUAUGUAAAAAAAAUGUUUUAAACCAGUAACAAAGUUUUUGUGAGUAUGAGAUUGUUAAUGAUCGGAAUAAGAACAACUCAAAAUGGUACAGAACAUUGAGUUGUGAAAAAAUUGUGAUAAUUGUUUGUUAGGUUACUAGGUUUCGCAAGUUAUAAUAAUCAUGAUAUGUCUCGCACAUCAUGAAUUUUGAACAGAAACAAAAAUCACAAUUAAAUUUUUAAAAUAUGGCUAAAAGAGAGUGUGUAUGUGACUAAGAAUAUUACAUGAUUUUAUUAAGGUUUUUAACUAUGAUGAUACUGUUUAACUAUGAUUUUAAGUACUACCUUCUUAGGUCAGAGUUACAAUUAAUUAGGACACUGAUUUCGGAUAAUGAAAUCAACCAAUUGUGUAAGGA